GCUCUUGACCGCAACCGCAGCGUUAGAACCGCGCGAGGUGGGGGAUGAGGGGCACAACCGAGGAAGCAGCGCCCCACCCGGCUCCCCGGGCUGGGAGGCCCCGAAUUGAGGGUUCCACCUGCAGGAUCACGCACCUCUGGCCCUGUGCUCAAGGCAUGCCAUCGGUGUAAGCAGCCUUGGCCGGGUUGCCUCUCGGUCACGCUGAACCGGACGGAGGUCGCCAGGCCCUGGACUGCCUCGUCCUGGGUUUUCGCUGGGAAUGUUGUACGGGUAACACUACUUGAGCGGAGAAGAUCCAUGCUCCCCCUACGCCCCCAUUCGGACGGCUGGGGGACUUACCACGCUCUGCCUGGGAGAAUCUUCGGUCCCUGGAAAAAAAGAGUCCAUUCACUCUCUACAAUUUCUAUACCAUAUCUUCAUUAAAAUGUCAGAAGGAUACACCCUAAAAUUGGAGACCAGAAUACUGGGGGCCGUGCAAAUCAUGAAUGGCCUGUUUUACUGCGCAUUGGGCUUUCUCUGUUUUGCAUUAUUUGUCGAAGAAGAGAACAGAGAAGCUACUGGUUAUAUCCCUGUCAUUGUUACACUAACUUACGUAUUUUGUUCAUCAACAUUUAGCGUCCACUGGUGGUCAUCCCAGGACUGCAGGAGUGAAAACCGCUUUCUUCUGAGAAUUCAGGGAUACGUUAGAUCUCGAGAAUGUCACUGGGAUUGGGAAAGUUUGGGGGACCGUCAACAGGAGUGGGGGUUUACAAAUGCCUGUUUCUAUCCCCAGUUCAUCACCUCGGGCUCCAUCAGCAUACAAGCACAGAAGCAUCCUACAAAAUGCAAGCUUAUUGCUAGCAUGGUUAUGAACAUCUUAAGUGCCUGCUUUUCUGUACUUGGUAUAAUGAUAUUAAGUAUUGCAAGUUUAACGUAUUAUCCAGACACCAAUGAAUACCUGUGGUCACAUAUAGCUGGUAGUAUGCUUUUACAAUAUGUACUCUUCACCACGAUCGUGGAAGUGAUCUGUGCAUACGUGACUGUCAAGCGGAUUGAAGCAGCAAUGCGUCCUGUAGAAUGCAGUGAGAUAAGUCCAUAGCUGUCUCAGUGCAGUGUCUCUACAUAACUCACAAAGAACCAGUGUGACUCCCAUCAAGAACGAAAGAUUAAUCGUGAACUGGGGAAGAACUCCACGAUUGUUCUCAAGAGGCCUCAUGGAAAAUACAGGCUACUGAAGUCCUUCCCAGGGCACCUUCUCCCUGCUUCUUCAGUAAAGGAUGCAAUCCGAUCACAA